CAUAGAUUAAUUCUUUAGUAAACAUUAAAUGAGAUUUUUAUUUUUAUGUUUUAAGUUCUUUCAUUACAACUUAUUGUUUUACAUAUUUUUAUUAAUUAUUUAUUAGUAAUUCAAUGUAUUUUAUACAUUUUAAAUAAACCUGGUAGUAACUUUUCUAUGAGUUCAUUACCCAAGGAUUUUUUUUUUAAUGCUGAAAUGAAUGAUUCAGUGAUUUCACUGUCAUCGGUAUCAUCUGAUUCAGUGUCAUCUGAAAGUUCACCAUCUAUAUCUGACAACUUUUUAACAAUAAAUGAAAAUGAUCUUAAUGAAGAUAUAUUGAGAAAAGAAAUUGAAAAAUGCAAUCAAAUGAUAAGAAUUACUAAAGAGUGUAGUCAAGAACGCAUGAGAUUGGUCAGAAGACUAGUGGAGUUAAGGUUCAAAUUAGAAAUGGUAACAGAAAUAAAGGCUUUGGAAAACAAGGAUCAAUUAAAUGAAACCAAAGUAGUUUUUGGUCAUCAUUUAUCUUUUGUAUGGAAACCGAAUUGGUUAGAAAAUAAAAUGUGUGAUGUAUGUACAAAAACUAUUUGGAAAUACAUGCAUCAGCUGUAUGAAUGUUCAGACUGUGGAUACUACUGUCAUAUUUUUUGUUUGGAUAAAAUCAAAAGGGUUUGUACUGCAGUUCUUGCUAGUGAACAUUCUAUGAUUUUAAAUAUCACUCCAUCUAAUGGAUUGUUAUUUCAAGAUUAUAAAUGUGCUGAAUGCCAAUCAUAUAUUCGUAUUCGUAACACCAAAAUGUCAUCUGAAGAUACUCUUUCAUUAGAGGCCCGCUUAUGUGAUUAUGAUGGAAAAUUUUACUGCCCUUUACAUCAUUGGAAUAAUACUGCUUUAAUACCAGCACGAGUUCUAUGCAAUUGGCAAUUCGAGAAAAAAUGUGUGAGCCAGGCAUCUUUUCAACUACUUAAUUAUAAUUAUAAAUCAAAAAUGUAUGAUUUGGAAAAACACAACCCUAAACUCUUUACAUAUUUAGAGUCGCUUAAUCGAAUCAAAAGUAUUAAAAAUAGUUUAGUAAAAAUGAAAAAAUACUUGGUUUUAUGCAAAGUUUGGAAUGCACAAUUAAAAAACGUAUCCUCAAGAUGUCAUGAACUUCUAUAUGAUAGUAUUUUGUAUAGCAUGAAAGAUAUGGUUGAAAUACAAUCAGGACUUUUUUUAGAAGAUUUGCAAAGAGUAAAUGACAUCUGUGAAAAACAUAUUCGAUAUGAAUGCGAAAUUUGUAAAAAUCAAGGAUAUAUUUGUGAGCUUUGUCAAAAGGACACAAUAAUAUUUCCAUUUGAUGAAGAUGCUCAUAGCUGUGAUAAAUGUGAUAAUGUUUAUCACUACCAAUGUUGGAAAAAUAGAGAUUUCUGCCCUAAAUGCAAAAGAAUUAAAAUGCGGUCUAAACUUCAAGAAGUAUAGUUAAAUAUUUCUAUACUUUUAAUAAAGUAUUGAAAACUUUUUAUUUUAAUCUAUUAUAAUAUUUUUUGUUU